UGUCGCCUCCCUCUAUCUCGACCUCGCGAGACGCAGGCCAGUCUCGCGGCAACAACAACUCGAUAUGCGUUGCGUCACGUAGCACUGCGUCUUUCUCAUCUUCGAAUCGCGACGACGAGAAUUUCGUUUCCGGGGUGAGCGACGAGGAACAUGCGCCGCAUCCCGCUCAUCUCCUGACUAACGUUUCCAGAUAUCGCAGGUGUCCGACAGAGUUUCGUCCGAGGAUGAUCGCCCGCUAGCCCGAGCGAAGGUUGCCACGGAGCAGGAAGGCGGUCUACUUAGCUGGGGCGCCGGGUUUUCCGGAUUAUUGAUCAAUCAACGCGCUCCAGACUCAGACAAAGCCGGCCUCUUCAAGUCUCGUAUACAAGAAAUAAGAUCGCGUGUCGCAGAUCCGAGAUGGGACGUACAGUGACAGUGGCGGUUUGCACGCUGAACCAGUGGGCGAUGGACUUCGACGGGAAUCACCGGAGGAUUCUGCAGAGCAUACAGGAGGCGAAGGAAGCCGGCGCUGCUUACAGGAGUGGUCCGGAAUUAGAGAUCUGCGGCUACAGCUGCGAGGACCAUUUCAACGAGUCGGACACUCUGUUGCACUGCUGGGAGGUUCUCGCGAGCUUGCUCAAGUCCAGCGUAUGCGAGGACAUGCUGAUAGACGUCGGCAUGCCGGUGAUGCACAAGAACGUCACGUAUAACUGCAGAGUGGCCUUCCUGAACCAACGGCUGCUGCUGAUCAGGCCGAAGAUGCGGCUCUGCGAGGACGGCAAUUACAGGGAGAGCAGGUGGUUCUCCCCGUGGACGAAAGCACGCACGGUCGAAGAUUACUUCCUGCCACGGAUGAUAUCGCAGAUCACCGGGCAGACCAUAGUGCCUUUCGGCGACGCGGUCAUCGCGACGACGGACACCUGCGUGGGCUUCGAGAUAUGCGAGGAGCUUUGGCAUCCGGACAGCAAUCACAUUCCCAUGUCCUUGGACGGCGUGGAGAUAAUCGCAAACGGGAGCGGCUCCUAUUUUGAACUGCGCAAGGCCUACGUCACAGUGGACCUCGUCAAGUCGGCCACUUUCAAAUCUGGCGGUUGCUACAUGUUCAGCAAUUUGCGCGGCUGCGACGGCAACAGGCUCUACUUCAACGGCGGCUCCAGUAUCGCCCUGAAUGGCCAGAUAUUGAAUCGCGGCCGGCAAUUCGCUCUCGAGGAGGUGGAGGUGGUCGUCGCCACGUUCGAUUUGGAGGACAUAAGGAAUUAUCGAAAUAGUAUCCGAUCGCGAUCGCAUGCGGCUGCCGCGUCGGCGAGUUACCCGCGCGUCAAGGUCGAGUUCGCGCUAACCCCGGCGAACCUCUUCUCGGCUCCGCCGGACCGACCGCUCGAUGGCCCAGUGGAUCUUUACGAUGACGACGAUGACAACAAUCGGCCCAGACUCGAGUAUCACAGCCCGGAAGAGGAGAUCGCAAUGGCGCCGGCAUGCUGGUUGUGGGAUUACCUCAGACGCGCUUAUCAAGGCGGAUUCUUCCUACCGUUGAGCGGCGGUGUCGACUCGUCCGCUUCGGCGUGCAUAGUGUAUUCCAUGUGUCAGAUGAUCGUCGACGCGAUCAAUAGGGGAGACACACAGGUCUUGGCGGACGUGAGGAAGAUCGUCGGCGACAGCGAGUACACGCCGGUGGACGCGAAACAGCUGUGCAACCACAUACUGGUCACUUGUUACAUGGGAACGGAGAACUCGUCGGCGGAGACGAAGGCGCGAGCGAGCGAGCUGGCCGGUCAGCUCGGCUCCUAUCAUCACGGCGUGCUGAUCGACAGCGCGGUUUCCGCCGUCCUGGGCAUCUUCCAGCAGGUGACCAAGCUGACCCCCAAGUUCCGUGCGCACGGUGGAUCGCCUCGAGAGAACGUCGCUUUGCAAAACGUACAAGCGCGGCUACGCAUGGUGAUCGCCUACCUGUUCGCCCAACUGAUACUGUGGGUGCGAGGCCGGCCGGGCGGCCUCUUGGUGCUGGGCAGCGGCAACGUGGACGAAGCUCUACGAGGCUAUCUGACCAAGUACGACUGCAGCAGCGCCGACAUCAACCCCAUCGGCGGCAUCUCCAAGAGCGACCUCAAGAAGUUCCUCGUGUACUUCAGGCAGAAGCACGGGAUAUCCGCACUGGACGGUAUCCUGCAAGCGCCGCCGACCGCCGAACUGGAGCCGCUGCAGGCGGGGCAGCUCGCGCAGAUCGACGAGGUGGACAUGGGCAUGACGUACAAGGAGCUGUCGGUGUUCGGCCGCCUGAGAAAGCAGAACUGCGCCGGGCCCUUCAGCAUGUUCUGCAGGCUCGUGCAUAUGUGGGACCAUUGCACGCCAAAGGAAGUGGCCGACAAGGUGAAGCACUUUUACCGGUGUUACGCCAUACACCGUCACAAGAUGACGGUGCUGACGCCGUCGUGCCACGCGGAGACCUACAGCCCGGACGACAACCGCUUCGAUCAUCGGCCCUUCCUCUACAAUUACACGUGGAAGUGGCAGUUCGCGGCGAUCGACGAGCAGGUAAAACGACUCAGCAGCGAAAAGAAACCGUACAGAGUUCCAACGCCGCGCCAUACCGGUCCGAAAGUGCUCAGCGCCGCGCCCAGACACUUGUCGUUCAGCCCGCUUUCCAGUACGCCGAUCGCAACCGACCGGUUGUCGAAUUCGAUUCGCCCACGAUGCUAGUGCGCCCACGGAGAGUUCCACCACCACCGGUGCGAGGCAACAAUAGGCAAUCGUUAGAAGAGACGGAUGUUCCCAGCUAAAAGCCCAGCCGAGAAAUGUAUGCGAAUGAAAGCGAGAAAAGAGAGAGAGCCAAGCUAUUUUUUAAGAGUUGACUCGAAUAAACGGUGAAUGAUGAAGUAUUUUCGCUUUUAAA